AUGACGAUACAGGCAAGGAUCAGUCUUGUACGCAGCCAGUUAAUAGGACAAACAACUACUGCUCCUACACUAUCACCUUCACCAAAUCCCCCUGAUGUUAAGAGUGUUACAGUUAAUGCUCGAUCAGAGUCUGAGUUAACCUUAGAAUGGAUUAAAGUCAACAACAACACAGAUUACUUUUACAAGCUGAAGUACAACAGUGAAUCAGGUCAUAGUGGAACAGAUACUCCAAUCAAUGGAUCUGCAACUGUUGAUGAAGUGACACAUAUAGUGUCAAAUUUAUCUGCUGGGACUCAAUACUUCUUUACCCUCUACACUGUUUUAAAUGACCGGAUGAGUGAUGGGUAUAACUUCUCCAAUGUAACUGUUCCCUCGAAUGUUGAGAGUGUUGCAGUAAUUGCUCGAACAGAGUUUGAGUUAACUUUACAAUGGGCUAAAGUCAACAACAACAGCAAUUACACUUAUGUGCUGAAAUUCAGCAAUGGAACAGACACUGGAUCACAAAUCAGUAGAUCUGAAACUGAUGCUGUAGAGACACAUACAGUCUCAAAUCUGUCUGCUGGGACUCUAUACUCCUUUACUCUCUACACUGUGUUUGAAGGAGAGAGGAGCAGUGGAUUUAACUUCUCCAGUGUAACUGUGCCGUCUAAUGUCGACAGUGUGUCUGUGGUGCACUGCAAUGACACCGACAUGAUCUUACAAUGGGACAUCGUGACAAACAGAGACAACAACACAUACACCUAUAUACUGCAAUACAUAAAUGAAUCAAGGAACAAAAACAGAACUAUCAGUCCAGAUGAGAAUUCUGUGAUUAUACUUCAUAUAUCAAGUUUAAUUCCUGCAACAAAUUACAGCUUCACUCUGUACACACUGUUUGAGAAUGUGACAAGUAAUGGAUACAACUUUAAAAACUCCACGACUCUAUCUGAAGUAACUCAAGUGAGAGUGACAGAUAGAUCACAGAAACAGUUGAUUAUUGAAUGGAAUAAACUGAACUCAAACAACAUCUAUAACUACACCUUGAAUCAAAAUCAUGGAGAGCUGAUACAUUUCAUUGGAUCGGAGCAGGGUGAUGUGAUUAGACAUGAAUUCUCAUCUCUCACCCCAGGAACUGUCUACAACUUUACUCUCUUCACAGUGGUGAAUAACGUAAAAAGCUCAGGAUACAACUUUAAGAGUGUCACUACCACUGACUGUACGUCCAUUAACUGGAAAGUCACCAACUCAUCGAUAACUGCUCAAGUGGAAGGUUGCACAACUGUAACAGCUGCAAACAGCACAGACAGUGAACAAAAUGGCACUGUAAAGAACAACAAAGUGAACCUUGAAGAUCUUUAUCCUGGAGCAAAGUACACUGUUUUGCUGUGGUAUGACUUGGACUCAGAGAAACUUUUACAGUGUACACAUAAUCUGACUAUAGUUCCAAAUAGCGUAUCUCAUCUUCGCUGUGGAUAUUUCUUUGGAGGUUAUGGUCUGGCUGUAUUUUGGGAUCCUCCGUUUGGAGUUGUGGAAGUGGUGCAGGUGGAAGUUGAUGGAAAAAUUUUCAACCAGUCAAACAGCAGACAGGAUGUUAUGGGUCUGCAAGUUGCUCAGUUGUACACAGUGAACGCAACAUCACUUUCUGGAGACUCGAGGAGUGAUCCAGUUACAGUCAGAUGUCAAACUGACCCAAUGGGAGUUAUUGCAGGUGUGCUUGUGUUUUUCCUGUUGCUUAUCAUUAUUUGUGUUGCGGUCUUUAUAUGGUUCCGCAGACCAAAGCUCACUAGAGGGACCAAACUGCCCGUGGAGUCAAAAAAAGUAGCUAAUAACAAGUACAAACAAAUUCCCCUGGAGAAAUUCCCUGAACACUUUCAAAACAUGAGUCGUGAUGAGAACAGAGGUUUCAGUGAGGAAUAUGAGGACUUGAGUUCAGUGGGUGUUGAACAGUCUCAAUGUGUAGCUCUCCUGCCUGAAAACAAGAACAAAAACCGAUUCUCCAAUGUUCUAGCCUAUGACUGUUCUAGAGUGCAUCUCACUAUACAUGAUGAGGGAGAUUCUGAUUAUAUUAAUGCCAACUACAUGCCUGGUUUUGGCAGUGCUAACAGGCAGUACAUCGCUACUCAAGGCCCCCUCCCCACCACCAUCAAUGAUUUCUGGAGAAUGAUUUGGGAGAAAAGAUCACAGGUCAUCGUUAUGGUAACCAACUGCAUUGAGAGUGGAAGGACCAAGUGUGAGCAGUACUGGCCCCUGGACUAUACACCGUGUCUCUAUGGAGACCUGCUGGUCACAGUCACAUCUGAAGAAAAAGCUCGAAGUUGGACUCUGCGAGAAUUUACUGUCAAAAAUAAAAACACCUCUGAGACACGAAUGUUGAGACACUGUCACUUCACGGCGUGGCCGGAUCAUGGUGUUCCGUUAAGCACAGAGGAGCUGAUCCAAUUCAGAGAACUCGUUCGUCAACGCAUCGAGAGCUCUUCCUCUGCUGGACCAACUGUUGUACACUGCAGUGCUGGAGUGGGCCGCACUGGAACACUGAUUGCUCUGGACGUCCUGCUACAACAGCUGCAGACAGAUAAGGCUGUGGGCAUCGCAGCAUUUGUCCAUCGCAUGAGACUCAGCCGACCAUUCAUGGUGCAAACUGAGACUCAAUAUGUGUUUCUGCACCAGUGCAUCAUGGACACCCUGCAGCCCAAGACAGAGGCUCGCUAUGAAAAAUCAGACAUGAUCUACGCCAAUGCAAUGGCUUUGAAAGCAGAUGAAAAAGGAUAUUUAAACAAUUAACAAAUAUGCUAGAACAUCACAAUAAAAUGUCAAAUGAUUUAUAUUUGUUAUCAAAACUGUGUUCAUAAAGUAAAAGUUGACAUUUCUGUCAGUAUAAUGCAAUGUCACAUUCAAUACCAUUUCAUGCCCCCAUGAAAUGGCUUGAUAAGCACAAUUUUGUGUCCUGUGUUGACGUUUUUCCUAUUGAAACAGGAAGUGAGGUGGGACAUAUUAGAAAGCCAGCCCUUAAUAGUAAACCAUAAUGCAAUGCUUGCUAGUCAGUUGCAGGUGGUCUCAGGAAGUCAGAAAUUGAAUGGCUAGCAUGUUCCCAUUCAGGGGUUGCAUUUACCGAAAAUUCUGUCAUUUACCGAUAAAAAAAUAAAAAUAAAUAAAAAAUAAAUAAAUACAAAUAUUGAAUCUGCACAUUUUAAGUGUGUGUAUCUAUAUUUGUAUACUAAAAGGCAAAAAUCUUUUAUUUAAACACUCCACUGCUAAUUGAUUGUGAGUUUGAUUUAUAGGACUGAACAAUAUUGGCCAUGAUAUUUUUUUUAGCAUAAGCCAUAAGCACAAAGAAUUUAUUAUUUAAACUUUGUAUAACUGCCAGUCUUUAUCUAAAUGUCUCUGUAUACUGUCUUUUUUUCUGUAUAUUGUCUUGUUUUCUGAAUGUGUGCUUUAUGUGAGCAAAAAGGUAAAAAAUUGUAUAGUGAAUGUACAAACCCA